AUGCAGGUCGUGGCGGAUCCUGAGACGCUUUAUACCAAGCAAAACUGCCUGGGCGGUGGAAGCUUUGGAAAAGUGUACAAAGGUGUCGACAAACGCACGGGUCAGUCGGUCGCAAUCAAAAUAAUAGAUGUUGAAAAUGCCGAAGAUGAAGUCGAGGACAUCAUCACCGAGAUAUCCAUCAUGUCCACCAUGAAUUCCCCCUACGUGACCAAAUACUUCGGCUCAUACCUCAAGGGGUCCGAUCUCUGGAUAGUAAUGGAAUAUUGUGCUGGGGGGAGCUGUCUCGAUUUGCUGCGUCCAGGACUCAUCACCGAAGACUACAUUAUGAUAAUUGUCAAGGAGCUGCUGCUUGGGCUGGACUACCUUCAUAGCGACCAGAAAUUACAUCGCGAUAUAAAAGCCGCCAAUAUCUUGCUUAGCGGAAAUGGUCAGGUGAAAUUGGCCGAUUUCGGUGUCUCCGGCCAACUAAGUGCAACCAUGACCAAGAAGAAUACAUUCGUUGGAACUCCAUUCUGGAUGGCCCCGGAAGUUAUCAAGCAGUCAGGCUAUGACUACAAAGCAGAUAUCUGGUCACUCGGAAUCACCGCGAUUGAGCUGGCCACUGGACAGCCCCCCUAUUCUGAUAUUCACCCGAUGAAAGUCUUGUUUCUUAUUCCCAAGAACAAUCCUCCGAUGUUACAGGGGAAUUUUAGCAAGGCUUUCAAGGAAUUUAUUUCUUUGUGUCUCCGUCGAGACCCAAGAGAACGACCAACGGCAAAAGAACUCCUAAGACAUCCGUUCCUGAAAAAGGCAAAGCGAACGACAUAUUUAACAGAGCUGAUUGAACGACAUGAGCGGUGGCAAGCAAUCCAUGGGCGUGGUACUCCAGACUAUGAUGAAGAAUACCCCUCCGAACCAGCUCCACAAUCAUUGAAACCUUCGCCGGAAGAUGAAGACCUCUGGGAUUUCGGCACUGUGCGGCCAGCUGGAGGCCGUGGUGCAGGUCUUCAAGCCUUGAGUGGUGCGGCGGCAAACGCAAGGAACCAGACUCCUGAUCACUGGCCAUCAGACACUGCCCAUAAUAGCGGGGCCGAUAGCAGCAUUGAUCUUGAGAACAAGCAGUCGAAGGAGACAUUGCGCGUCGACUCGGCGCCCCAAUCUCCUCAAAAGCAGAAAUUUUCAAUGCCGUCCCCCAUGCCAUCGCCAACCAAGGUCCCACUUCCCCAAUCACCACAGAAACCAUCGACGUAUGCGGUCCCUAGGACGCCGUCGUCCCAACUAAGCCAACCACAGCUGCCGCCCGCCAGAAAGAACGAGAGCCCCGCAACAAAGGAUUACGACAAAGCCCUUCAACAAUCUUUAUCUUCUGACUUGACAUUUCUUCAACUCGGAGAAACACCCAGUGUCGCCACACCUUUUCAUCCACAGAGUCAAACCCAGCGGCCUACGCCAGACAGCGUGAUACGCAAACCGGUGCCUAGCAAAGCAUCGAUUCGAAUGCACAACGAAAGCCGUCAUACUCCUAGUGUUGUUUCCAAUUCAAAAAUGACAGAAACGUCCAAACUGACAGAGCAAAAAUCUCUUCCUCCUUUUCAACCGCAAUCACUGUCGACCCCGCAACCAUCUUCGCACAACCAAAGGACAAAGGAGGCUGAAAAUAUUGACUCAAAAUCACCAGCGUCCAAUUCACCAGCUUCGCCAUCGGAUGCAAAUGCCUUGGGGAAGUACGUUAUCAUCCCAGCUCUUGAACACGCACUUCACUGCCGGGCAAGAGGCCUCAACACCAUCUUGCAGGAACCAGGGAGGAUGCCCACCGAGUCCAGACAGCGCUACCAGUAUGCCCACGAAAGGAUAAAGAAGCUCGCCAUCAAAACCGCAAGUAUUUUCAACGAGAUAGAUAAAUGGGAUCAGGAUGCUCCAGUCGAUAUGGCAAUGGGGCAAUCGUCCUUUACCGAAGCAUUCCUAGAUGCACUGAUGAGAUUCUGUGAGGUAGAAACUGCCGAACCUGAGGGGACUGUUGAUCGAUGA